AUGGACAUGACAAAGCCCACUCGAAGACACAAGCAGCCCCCCUUGGAAGACAGAUAUCAUGGAAAACCCGGUCAUACAAAAUUCUGGCAAUCGAUACAGAAACACUUCUUGCAAUUACUGCGUAUUAGUGAUUAUAGCUGUCUAGACCAAUUGCCACUGCCCCCCUCUGACAAUGAAAAUCUUGCAUUCAACAGGCAUGACCCGGGUCGCAUCAAGAUAACUCCCAAUGACUUCCACAUCGAUCUAUCACACUCCCGUCAAAUGCCUUUCAACAUGGAGGCUAUUUGUGUAUUUGCCAAGGACUUCAAGAGGAAGGUAGAGGAGAGCAAAUGGUAUUCUUUUCCAACACCUCCACCUGCUCACUUCCUGCAGUUGGAAUACAUCGAGCUGUCCCUCUACCUUCACCUGCAUUAUGUCAAGGAUGUGUACACCAACUUGAAAAAGUCAGAGGAGAUGCGUCGCACCAGGCUGAGGAGUGCCGCUCGUAGUAUGCGCAAAACAAGGGUACAUCAUUGA